AUGAUUAAACAACAGCAACCACAACAACUUAAGGCACAAAGCACCCAGGUCCCUCAGACCAUUACAUACGCCAUAUAUGCAUAUAAUUCAAAGACGGCAGAACAAACGCAAAGGUUGAAAUAUGGAGAUUUGGAGAUAGUAUUGAAAAAUGAACAUUUCGAAUUCGUUUGCAAAGGUGGUGCAGUGAUAUCAAAUAUAAAAGAAAUUUUAUUUAUGAAUUCAAAAAUUAAAGGAAUAACGGAUGAUAUAACAUCAAUUCCACCAGAAGAACAAAGAUAUUACACAUUAAAUGCAUUUCCUAAAGUUUUGAAGAUUGGAAGAUUUAAUUUAAAUGAGGAAUUCAUAAAAGGUUUCCUAAAUGACAUAAUGAAGAAAGCAGCUAAGGAAUAUGUGGAUGAAAAAGAUAAAGAAAUUAAAGAAAGGGUUGAAUGGUAUCAUGAAUGGACAUUUGAGACUUUUAAAGUUAAAGCUGAUACAGAAUGGGUUUCGGGAUGUUUAGACCUUAAAGCAGAUAAAACUUAUGUUAACGAUGAGUUAGAGAAGAAGGUGGAUAAAACAUAUGUUAACGAAAUAUACCAAAGUUUGAUAGGAACAACGAAAAAUAUUGAAACUAUUGUUGGUGACUUUUCUGUCAAUGAAGAAAAUAAAUAUUUUAGAUGGCAGUUUGUACAGUCCUUAAAAAAUGGUACACGGUGUAAACUCAUUCCGAAAAAUAACAAUGAAAUGUAUGUAAGUUAUAAAAAGAAUGAUGGCACACAAGUUAAAGUUCCAUUAGACAACAACUGCUACUUAAACUUAUAUGGAGACGAACAAAAGAAAUAUUUAAGAGUUUAUGAAAUGGCAGAUAUGACAUUGCCUGACCCAGCUCCAGCACCAUAUUAUUAUGACUAUGGAGAUGAUGUCAGAACACCACAUGUAGAUGAACAAAAGUUAACAUUAUAUUUAGAUUAUUAUAGAUAUAAAAGAUAUAAUGCAAUAGAAAAAACGAGAAUA